AUGGGAAACACUCUUCCUGGUUGGAGGGAUGAUGAGUUUCCUGGAACAGGUGUGACCGCCCGGGCGCGGGGUCCUCCCGAGGAGCCAUCUCCGCUCGCGCUGCCGCCAGCCGCCGGGGGGGCCAGCGGCACCAUGCGGGCCACCAAACUCCUGCCAGCCUUGCUGCUCCACCAGCUGCUGCUGCUGCCCAUGGCCAUCCCUCCGGCAGUGUUUGUUUUCUUUUUCUUGUUGACCUUUUUCUCAGAGGGAAAAGGAAAAAGGAGAAAUCCUCUUCAUGAUUUCAAGAAAACAGGAGAGAUGAUGCUCAUUAAAGUAAAUAAAUCACUGGAAGUAAAAACCAAGCUGUUAAAUACCACGGAGCAAUGUGCCAAGAGAUGCAAUAGGAACAAAGGUCUUUCAUUCACUUGCAAGGCCUUUGCUUAUGACAGAGUUACAAAACGAUGCCAUUGGUUGUCCUUCACCAGUUUGACAAAUGGUGUGAGAAAGAAGCAAGACCAUGCGUUUGAUCUCUAUGAAAAGAAGGACUAUGUYAGGAAUUGUAUCAUCGGAAAAGGCGCAAACUACAAAGGGACAAUAUCUGUUACRAAAAGCGGGAUCCAGUGUCAGGCCUGGAAUUCCAUGAUCCCCCAUGAGCACAGCUUUUUACCUUCGAGCUAUCGGGGUAAAGACCUGAGGGAAAACUACUGCCGAAAUCCCCGAGGGGAAGAGGGAGGGCCCUGGUGCUUCACUACCAGCCCUGAGAUGCGCCAUGAAGUCUGCGACAUCCCCCUCUGCUCGGCAGUUGAAUGCAUGACCUGCAAUGGAGAAAGUUACAGAGGACCAAUGGACCACACUGAGUCGGGCAAGGAGUGUCAGCGCUGGGAUCUCCAGAGGCCACACAAGCACAAAUUUCGUCCAGAGAGAUAUCCUGACAAGGGCUUUGAUGAUAAUUACUGCCGCAAUCCUGAUGGCAAGCUGAGACCAUGGUGCUACACUCUUGACCCUAACACCCCCUGGGAGUUCUGUGCAAUUAAAACGUGUGAUCCRAGCAUUGUGAACAGCACGGAUGCAGUAGCUGAGACGCUGACGUGCAGCCAGGGCCAAGGUGAGGGCUAUCGUGGCACCGUGAGCACUAUUUGGAGCGGAGUACAGUGCCAGCGGUGGGACUCCCAGUUCCCUCACCAGCACAAUAUCACUCCAGAGAACUUCAAGUGCAAGGAUUUGAGGGAGAACUACUGCCGAAAUCCAGAUGGAUCUGAAUCACCCUGGUGUUUUACUACUGACCCAAACAUCCGGAUUGGUUAUUGCUCCCAGAUUCCUAAGUGUGAUGUAUCAAAUGAACAAGAUUGUUAUCGUGGCAAUGGCAAGAGUUACAUGGGGAAUUUAUCCAAGACAAGAUUUGGGCUAACUUGCUCCGCAUGGGACAAGAAUAUUGAAGACUUACGUAGGCAUAUACCAAUAUUCAGAGAACCAGAUGUUAGUAAACUGAAGAAAAACUAUUGCCGCAAUCCAGAUGAUGAUGCUCAUGGUCCCUGGUGUUACACAGAUGAUCCUCUUGUUCCCUGGGAUUACUGCCCUAUUUCUCGGUGUGAAGGUGAUACAACUCCUAUUACAACCAAUUUAGAUGAUACUGUCAUUCCUUGUGCCUCAACAAAACAGGUGAGAGUUGUAAAUGGAAACCCAACACAGACUAACAAAGGAUGGAUGGUUAGUCUGACAUACAGGAAUAAACAUAUCUGUGGAGGCUCUUUGAUAAAAGAAGACUGGGUUCUAACAGCAAGACAGUGUUUCCCUUCUCGGUACAAAGAUUUGAAAGAUUAUGAAGCCUGGCUUGGAGUCCAUAAUAUCAAAGGAAAGGGAGAAGAGAAGCAUAAACAAGUUCUGAAUAUCUCCCAGUUGGUCUAUGGCCCUGAAGGAUCAGAUCUGGUCUUACUGAAACUCAGCAGACCUGCCAUAUUGACAAAUUUUGUAGAUAUAAUACGAUUGCCCAUUUCUGGAUGCACCAUUCCAGAGAAGACUUCUUGCAGUGUUUAUGGAUGGGGAUACACUGGAUUAGUUCACUACGAUGGCCUUCUCCGGGCAGCAAACCUGUUUAUUUUGGGAAAUGAGAAAUGCAACCAAUAUCUCAAAGGGAAGAUCACUGUGAAUGAGUCAGAAAUCUGUGCUGCAGCUGAAACUAUCGGUGCCGGGCCAUGUGAGAGAGAUUAUGGUGGUCCCUUGGUUUGUGAACAAAACAGGGUGAAGAUUGUCAUGGGGGUGAUUGUUCCUGGCCGUGGAUGCGCCAUCCGAAAUCGCCCCGGGAUUUUUGUUCGAGUGGCAUUUUACUCCAAGUGGAUACGUAAGAUUCUGCUGACYUACAGAUGAGUUGCAACUCAAUGCCCUGCAGACCUCAACAACUGCCACUCACAGAAUGAUUUUGGACAGAAUUAAAUUAAUGUAUAAUGUAAAGAUCAAUGAUUUUUAACUACUUGAUAGUYACAUUUUUUGAGCUUUUAAUAUUUAUGGGUGUUUUUGUUGUUUUUUAUGUCUAUCAGUAUUGUUUUAUAAAUGUUGGAGCAACUUACAGUAUAUGCAAGUAUGGUGACAUAUCUCCUGAAGAUACUUGAAUGGGUAAACAGUUUUGCAAAGAUCUUAUUGCUGAGUGUUAAACAGUUUUGUAGAAAUAGAUCAUAUGACCUCUUUUACGCUGCUCUUCAGAUUAUCUUAGAAGGAGAAAGAAACAAGAGUUUUAUUUAACAUGUCUUAUUCUUUCUACGAGCUAUAUAUUUCUCUCUAUAUGUGAUGAAAGACCUACUGAGAGAUAUAUGUAUCAGUCAAGGACAGCAUAUAUGAUCCUAUUUCUCUUCUCACAUUACGAGAGGUUAAAAGUUUGAAUGUUUCAUUAAAAAAUAGUCUCUUUAGAAGUUAUCUUUUCAUUGUUGACUGACUUUGAUCAGCGGAGCUCUCAUAGCUGUCAAAAUCAGUUCCUUUUAUGUAGAGUUUAUAGACUCUAGUUUUGUACUUGGUCCCUUCAGUGUGUACAUGGUCCCCCAAGAGAUAUCUCAAGAAACCCUCUGGAUGAGGGAAGAGACACGGAAAUGAAUUGGUUGGAAAAUUGUYAGUCAUUUAUUUAAGGAAGUCCCAGAAAUAAAUAUGAAUUUACAAUACUAACAAGUGUGUUUCAUAGGAAAAUUAUUCCUGAUUAUCUAAUAGUGAACAUUCUUGUCAUUAAAAKAAACUUAAAUCAAAUAUGCUCUCUUUCUCAAAAGACACAUUUUAUAAAUUCAGUUAAUUCUAGUUAAAGCAGAAAAAAAGGGACAGAUGAAUCUGGCCCCUUGCUGAAAGACUUAAUAAUGAGGAAAUAUAAGUUACCACAAUUGUCUUUUCA